CUGAAUAGUUGUCCUUUAGAUGCCACAGACUGUGAAAAGAAGUUGAGGAACGCUCUGUGCGGUGUAAGCCCAAAAACUGGGAAACCAUACAACAAAGUUCUCAUUGUUGUUGAGGGUAUCUACAGUAUGGAAGGCACAAUUGUGAAUCUACCGGAAUUCAUAAGGAUAAAGAAGAAGUACAAAGCAUACCUUUUCUUGGAUGAGGCACAUAGCGCGCUCUUGGACCAACUGGCAAGGGAGUAG